AUGAAUAAUUUUACCAUAACUAAUUUAAAGUUACCAGAAAAUGAUUAUGAUGCUGUUCACAAGAAAUAUUUAAUGGAUCAAUUAAAUUUGAUUAAAGUAAAUAAAGAACAUUUAAAAGAAAGAACAGGCGAUGUGAAAGGUAUAAGUGAAGAUAAAUUAACAACAUUAGAAACUAAACUUAUUGAUAAUAGUGAAAUACAAAAACAAAUAGUUGGUAUUAAACAACAAUUACUUAAUGUAGUAGAUAAAACUCAAUUAGAACAUUUAAAAUUAUUAAUAUCUAAAUUAUAUGAUAAGAUAACAAAACAAAAAAUAGACCUUAAUAGAUAA